GGUUAUACACAGUUCUUGAUUGCAUCUACCUAAGUAAUUAAAGAUUGGAUGGAAAGGAGCAAGCCAGCGAUACCCAAUUCGCGAGCUUGGUGCGAUCCGCGAAACUCAGCUUCAUCCUCAUUUCUAGCACACCGGCCUGGUGUUUAUCACAUACAGAUAUCACAUACGCAUCUGUAUACACCAUCGUCGUUUGUAGUCGGCCUUCGGCGUCUGUCGGUGCGACGCGUUGACCGUCGGCAACAUUCAUGCAGCGCGCCUCGCGCGGCGCUGAGGAUGAUAGAGGCUACUUGGGCCACAAUGACUCGUUCAGCUUUGGCGGGGGCCAGGGCCGCAGCAGCGCGAGCGGCCGGCCGGCUCCGCCUGGGGCGGACGCGCAGACCGCCGCGCAGCUCCUGAAGCUCCAGAGGCUCGUGGAGUCUCUGGUCGUGCGAGAGCUUGAGCGUGCCCCCGGCUCUGGGGCUGCUGCUGCGGGAGGGGGGUCACACCAGCAGCGCGGUACCCAGCACCAGCCGGCGGCCUACCCCCCAACGGGACCCGGGGCUCACCGGUCACAACGCCGGCCCUCCUCAGUCAGCUCGGAGGCGUCGUCACUCGUGGACUUCGGGCCGCCGGCGCCAAGCGGAGGCCGCAGUGGCGGAGGCGGGGGUGGAGGCGGGGGCAACGCGGCACGGGCGGCGGGCACGCGUUCCGGGUACCGGGGCUUGGGAGAUGACGGCGUGCCGAUGCAGGUUGCAGCCCUGCAGGGCCAACUGGCGGUGCUGGGCGAGCAGCUAAAUUCGGCGUACAGGGCCGCAGACGGCGUGUCGUCGCCGAGGGCCACACUGCUGCGAACACAGCAGCAGCAGCAGCACGCGGCGGCUGCACAGGGCGGGUACCGGGGCGGGCUGGGCGUGGACGCAGGUGGCGGCAUGGGGCCGCCCAGCCCUGGAGCGCAGGGUGGCCUGGGCGCCACAUUUGGGCGGCCGGUGACGCCACCAGCGGCCGUGAUGCCAGGCCGGGGGGCCUACCACCUGGGUGCCGCGGGAACGGCAGCAGCAGGCGACCUGUUUGGUGAUGGCGCUGGUGGGCUUGGUCUCGGAGUGCUGGGCGGGGGAAUCGGUGGGGGCGGGGGCGGUGGGGGCGUGGCGCGCGAUAUGCGGCAGCUGGCGGCUGAGGAGCGCGCCGGGCGGGAGGCGUCGGCGCGGGAGGACGAACGGCUGCGCGGCUGGAUCCAGGACCUGCGCUCGGAGCGGCGGCGGCUUGAGGACCGCCUGCUAGAUGGCGACCCCUCGGGCGGCCGCGUGCAGGCCAUGCGGGACGACCUGGAGAAGCAGGUGCUGUCGCUGUCAAGGCAACGGGACCAGGUGGCAGCCGAGCUAAGCGAGCUGGGCAUCACACGCGGCGCCAAUGCACAGCUGGCGGCGCAGGUGGAGGCGUUGGAGCUGGCGCUGGCGACGGAGAGCGACCGUGUGGCCAGAUACAAGGAGGUUCGGCCCGCGCUGGAGGCCCGGCUGGCGGAGGUGUCCUCCUCCCUGGAGGCGCUCAAGCAGCAGCACGCCGCGACACUGGAAGUGAUGGCGCAGGAGCGCGACGCCGCAGCGCUCAAGGCGCGGCGCAACGGCAAGCGCGCGUCCGAGCUGGAAGCGACUCUGAGCGCCACCCAGGCGGAUGUGCGGCGGCUCGAGGAGGAGGUGCGCGGCCACGCGGUGGCUCUGUCGGAGGCGCGAGCCAGCAACGAGGUCAUCCAGGCCGCCGGCAACCAGCUGCAGGCAAGCAUGGAGUCCCAGGCGCGGGAUGCGGCGGCGCGGCUGGCGGCACUGCAGUCGCAGCUGGAGGCCAGCAGCUCCGACUGCGGCCUGCUGCGGCGGCAGUUGGAGGCGGCGCAGGCGGAGGCGGCGGCGGUUAAGGACCAGCUGCGUGACGCCCAGACCCGGCUGGAGUCGCUCACGGCGGAGCGGGACCGGCUGGUGUCGGCGUUGGCGGAGGAGCAGCGGGCGGCGGCGGCGGCGCGGCAGCAGGCGGACUCGCUCAAUGUGCAGGUGAAGGCCGGCGAGGAGGCGCGCGCGGAGGCGUCUCGCGGCUUCAGUCUGCAACUGGAGACGCUGCGGCGGCAGCACGCGGCAGACCUGGCAGCGGUGCAGAAGCAGUAUGAGUCACAGCUGGCGGCGGCUGAGAAGCAGUACCUAUUGCUGCAGCGGCAGUACGAUGCCGGACUGACAUCCAACGACAAGGUGGCGGAGACGGCAUCCACGCUGCGGCGGGAGCGGGACGCGCUGUGGGCGGAGGCGGAGAACCUCAAAGCCGAGCUGGAGGAGGCACGCAAGGAGAAGGCGGAGGUGGGCGCCAAGCUAAACGCGUUGCGGGGCGAGGUGCGGACCACCAUGGAGGAGGUCACGCGCGACAGGGACGCCCGGCUGGCUGCUGUGUCGGGUCAGGGCGAGGCGCUGGUCCGCGACAUCCGGGUCGAGGCGGAGCGCCGGGUGGCGGCGGUGCAGCACGAGUACGAGACGCGACUGGCGGGCCUGAUGGACGUGACCGAGAAGCUGCGGGCUGAGGCGACCGACUCGCAGCGGCAGGCGGACAAGCACAAGGCCACCGUCAGCCACCUGAAAGACCAGGUCCGGGACCUCCUCCUGAGCCGCGACGCCGCCGAGCGCGAGCUGGCGUCGGAGCGGGCCUUCAACGAGGAGCUCAAUCGCAUCCUGUCCGACAUACGGGCGGAGCAGCAGCAGCAGGCGGUGGCGCUGGAGGAGAGAGCGUACUGAUUGUCAAGUGUAUGUGCGCGAGAAGGAAGCAAGGAGGGCAGAGUGCGUGGGGUUGCUUGAAGAGCGAGCGAGUGUAGGCAAUAGAUGUGGAGGGGCAUACCGCGUGCCGCCCUGCUGAAUGGACAUAUCGUGCAAAAUCGAGCUUCUAUGGGAGCCUGGUGGCCUGGUGGAGCAUGAGGCCCAAGCCGCCCAAACCUGGUUAAGACAAAAUUGGGAUUGGUUCAAAACAGGGGGGGUUCAAAGUUUCCCCCCCAAACCCCGGAAUGCGUUGUUAACGUUGGCGAGAUUCGGGGCUGUCGGGAACCGCGGGCGUAUGGCGAGCCAAACCCUACCGCUAC